AUGGCUUCGUCGUACGAUUUCAUCAUUGUUGGGGCCGGUACUGCAGGACCCCUGCUGGCCGACCGCCUCACUCACACACACGCUGCACCCCGCGUUCUGCUUCUUGAAGCUGGCGGUGCGCCCAGCGGCCCUUACCUGCGCGCUCCGUAUCAUCGCUACCAUGCGCCAGCACUGCGCCCAGAUCUGGACCAUGGCUAUAUUAGCGGACCAGAGGAAGCGCUGAAUGGGCGGCAGAUUGCGUAUACUCGCGGAAAGGGAUUGGGUGGGUGUAGUAUGGUGAAUUUCGCAGUAUACCUAUAUGGCAGUAAGAGGGAUUAUGAAAGAUGGGACGACCUUGUCAAUGAUGACGGAGAAGAUGGAGAAGGCACCUUCAAGUGGGAUAACGUAAAGAGAGCGUUUGAAAAGAUUGAGAAUUAUGAUUCCUCGGGUUCAAAGACGUAUCGCCAUCUUGCUGACCCUUCGACUGUUCAGCAUGGGGUCAAGGGCAAAUUGAAUGUUGGGCUACCACCCAUUCUGGAAACGGCGGUCCAGCCACAGAUGGAGGCGCUUAUUCAGGCGGGGGAGAAGUUGAAUUUGGACCCAAACUCUGGAGAUCCAGUAGGCAUUAGUAUUUUCCCAGCCACGUAUGCUAAGCAAGGAAGGUGUACGAGUGCGAUUGCCCAUUUGACUGACCCGCCAAAAAAUCUUGAGAUUUGGACAGACGCAAAGGCGACGAAGUUGCUAUGGGAAGGGAAGAAGGUUGUUGGGGUUGUGACAGAGAAUGGACGAGAAGCGACUGCCAAGAACGAAGUCAUCAUUUGCGCCGGCGCAAUUGAUUCACCUCGGCUGCUCCUUCUUAACGGUAUCGGACCCAAGUCCGAACUCGAAGCCCUCGGAAUCGACGUCAAAGUGGACUUGCCCGGUGUAGGGAAGAAUCUCCAUGACCAUGUCUUGGCCUUUAUAAGUGUCGAAGUCGAUGGAAGUGUCAAUGACAAGUACGCCUUCGAGAGCAAUCCCGAAAUCGUUGCCGAAGCAGAAAAGACAUGGGAAAAGGAUCACUCUGGCGCCCUGGCGAUCCAUAACUCAGCUCUCUGGGGCGGGUUUCUCAAACUACCAGGACUAGAAACGUUCGAAGAGUACAAAGCUCUGCCCAAGGAUUUCCAAGAAUUUCUUCUAAAAGAUGAAGUCCCGACAUACGAGCUCAUAGCAAACUCAAUUCUGUGGCCUCCCGGAACGAAGCUCACAGAAGGCAACACAUAUAUGAGCUUCAUUGCUUUCCUAAUGAACCCGCUGUCGAGAGGCAGUGUAACUCUACGGUCCAAUGAUGCAGCAGAGAAGCCCACCAUCAAGCUCAACUACCUUACUCACCCAUACGACGCCCGUGUGUUCCGCGAAGCAAUCCGAAAUACAUGGAAUAAACUUACCACCUCAACCGCCCUUGCACCAUAUAUUGUGCGCAAAAUCCUUGCGCCGGAGUCAAUGUCGGAUGAAUCUAUUGAUGCGUUCGCGAAAGAAAACGCCAGUACGGUGUGGCAUGCUGCUGGUACGUGCAAGAUGGGAAAGAAUGACGAUAAAGAAGCAGUGGUAGACAAGAGGUUCAAAGUACGGGGUGUAGAAGGUCUGAGAGUGGUGGAUAUGAGUGUUGCGCCAGUCACGACAAACAAUCAUUCGCAGGCAACCGCGUAUCUGGUUGGGCAGAUUGCCAGCGAAAGGUUGAUUAAAGAGUAUGGAUUGGACAAGUAG